AUGGUGUACCAUGCCUCUGUUGGCGAUAAAUUACUGCCUGACCAUUUAAACUUUGGUGACAGUUGUCCAUCCAACUUAAUAAACCUAGGACAGAGAAGUGAAUGCGAUUGGCUAAAAGAUCUAAUAGGAAUGUUUAGCCAUGAAGGUGACUGGGUCUUCGAUAUUAACUCUUCACAAGGUAGGUAUAGUAAUUAAUGCCUGUUAUAUAUAUAUAUAUAUAUAUAUAUAUAUAUAUAUAUAUAUAUAUAUAUAUAUAUAUAUAUAUAUAUAUAUAUAUAUAUAUAAAUGGUAAUUUUUACGAGUACAAAUUAUUGUUAAUGGACGAUAUACUCAAUGCGCUAGAUCUAAAAAUUAUAGAUUUAAAAUGUCUAUGUUAAGCCAACUCGAAAGCUACUAUUGUCUAAACAAAGGAAGACUCUAUCACAGACUUUCAUUAUUUGCUUGCCAAACCCGUAGGCUACUGCAUCCAGUAUCGUUUAUUAAUUAUUGUCCAAACCACUAUGUUUGACCUAUUCAUAACUAUAACAAUGAAACUAUAGUUAAACAUGGGCAGAUAUCCGAAUUAGCUUUAUCUGCCUAUAUCAUUCUUACUUGGAUUGCGAGCUGUAAAGACUGAUUUAAAGAGUCAUUGGUCGAGUGUCGAGUGCCUAUAUAGGAAUGUCGAAGGCACGGAGAAAAAGUUGAGAGUAAAAAGUCGAGGGUUAAAUCAUUCUUACUUGGAUUGCGAGCUGUAAAGACUGAUUUAAAGAGUCACUUAAAAAGUUAAUCGUUUCACGUUUAUCAUUUCUAAACGUCCACCAAAAAUAAUGCCAAGAGUUAGCAAACCACGAUCACGAGUUCGUCAGCAGGAUCAACGACCAUCCAGUAUUCAACCGUCCGUCGAAGUACCGAGCAAUUUGGGCGAGUUAUCAAUUUUUAGAGUUGAAGAACCUUUGCCGCGAACUCAACUUUUCCUGCGCUGGCGGCCGACGGGUACUUACAACGCGUCUACAAAACGAAAGAGAACGUCUAAACACGAAUACGCCGCAAUCCAACAUUCAAACCGUUCCAGUAAACCACACGUUAUCUAAUUCCAACGCAAGGGAAAGCUUCAGCGCCGACCAACUGGCACAGAUCACGCAGAUUGUUUCGCAGUCGAUUUCGUCGUUCUUCGAAAGCCAACACGCCACAACAACCGCGACUCGUGUAGAUGAGCAGCCAACUAUCCCGCCACCGCCAACGCCACUCGAAAGGCUAGAACAGCUUGAUCAAUUUCCAUUUUUAAGUUCCAGAGAGCUCCAGCAGCAGCCGACUUCAUCCCAUGGACCUGUUGCCUCAAUCCAGCAAGCAGAUGGGGGAUUCACGCCAGAGAUUCCAAACAAAUACGUUCGCGACAUCGAAAGUGGUGAGUUUUUUGAGCUUGCUAAAUUAUUGCCAAAAAAUUUAAAUAAGUUAAAUGUUGGUUCCGAUUCUUCUGACAACGUGGGUUUCACAAUUUCCUCUACGGGAAUCUCAUUAACACCGCGCAAGCUUCAAGUGCUGACUAACAUUGAAGAGUGGACAACCGCUUUCAACACGUAUAUGUUAAUCAUAGUACAAAAAUUUCCAAAUCGUGCAUCAGAACUUUUACAGUACAUGGAAACCAUCCGUCAUGCGGCAAAAACGCAUGGCGGUUUAGGCUGGUGCAUAUAUGAUCAUAAAUUUCGCUAUAAAGCCGCUGCGUGUCGAACAUUGUCGUGGGCCAACAUUGACAUGCAGUUAUGGUUGCGUAUUUUCACCGCUAGCUCUACUCAGUUGCGGGAAGAUUAUUCCCUUUUUUCUAACGGACCCUUAAACAAAGCUGGGGCAGCGAGGGACGGAAUUUGCCACAGCUACAACAGGGGUAGACCUUGCCCAUUACGACCCAAUUGCCCUUACACUCACCGAUGUAACCGAAUUGGCUGUGGGGGGAACCAUCCUGGGUACCAAUGUCCACAAUCCCGUGGGAAAAACGAUCACAACGACGACCACCCUUCACAAUCCGCCCGUAGCUCCGCGAAGACCAACAGAAAAUAG